GUGUCGAGUGAUAGACGUGGAAAAGUAACCAAGAGCCUUUCCCCAGUUCCUGGGGAAGUCUGAGAGCAAGUGUCAGUGCAAAAAAGGGCUAUUCUUGUGUGUUGGACAAACUUUAAAGGGUUUUUGAACGAUAAAGUUUCCAAAAUCCGCGUCGCCACUCGCGGGACCCGAUUUCUGUCCUACUAGUGGCAACAGGAAGAAGGAAGUGGCUGUUAGUCAGUGCAUUUAGUGAACAAUCCUGCUUUUGGGGCGGGAAAAUCGGAAGCAAAAAAGUUGUGCUGAGGAAACUUGCCCUCUUGUGCGUGGAAGUAACCGAGAGCAACCUGUGUGAGUGUGGGAUUGCUACUUUUGCUGCUAGCAAAGGGAAAUUUUGUGGAUUUUUUUUCCGGAUUUCUGCACCGACAAGGAUGUAAAAUGUUGUGCUUGAUGUGAUUGGUAUUCUUGGCAGCUAGUUUGGACGCUAGUUUUUUUCCGGUUGUGCUAUCAAAUAUUGAAUCUGCUUUUGGAAAAAUGCUGUAAAAAUUGAUGGAUGGCGAAGUGUUUUGCUUGUUCGUGAUGUAAAUUUUUGGAGCCGCAAGGAAGAUCUUGAGAAGAAUUUUUCUCUAGGAGAAACCGAACCGAAAAAGGUAGAAAAGGAAUAUGUUUCUCUGCAUUCCGAUGUCCUCCUAACCAGUGGAUAGACAACCAACAGCAGCUUGUCAAGUAGUAAAUUGUGUGCUCGUGCAUAAAGCAGAAUAUUUUGUGUGUGUGGCUGUGAAAAGUGAAUGGAAGCAACCAACGAUUUUUCCACCCUCUGUGAAAGGCGUCUCUGGUCAGAUAAGAUAAAGUCUUAGAGGGGAAAAAAAUCCACCGUAGUGUCAGUGUGUUAGUGUUUAUUAUAUUAUAAGAGAUUUCCGUAUCAGUCAGUGUUCAAUUCGUGUCUGAGCAACAUCAGCAACAAGCUCUAGGAGCAAAAAAAGGAAAAAAUAAAAAAGUUUCAUCAAAAGCACAACAGCAACAAUGAGCUUCUUCAGUUCGCUGCAGCAGUACGUGACAAGUGGCGUCGCCGGGCUGGGAUUGAACCCUCGGCGUUUUUCCCUGUCGAGGCAGGAAUCGACCGAAGCCACGACCCCGGCUGGUAGCUCCCAGUCCCAGAUCAGCCCCAGCCCGCUGAUGAUGAUGGAUCCGAGCAAAAUGAACAACUCCAGCGGCGGAAUCCUGAUGGGUCCUCCUCCGCCGGGAUCGGGGGGCUCGAUCGGGAGUGGGGGCGGAGGUGGAUCCGGCGGAAGUAUCUACGGGGCAGGAGGUCCUGCUGGCGCUGGCUAUCCAAAAGUGGUCACACCCUCCGGACCAGGCGCAUCGUUCGGAGGCGCCGGUGGAGCCACAUCUACAGCAUCUUCAGCAGCAGCAGCUGGGACCGGGGUUGGUGGACCCGGCGGAAGUCCCGGUGGAUCGGGUGGACUCACUCCAGCUGGAACCCCUGCUGGUUCAAUGCGGCGACAAUCGUCGGCCCGCGGCUUGGAUUCCCUGAUCCCUCCCGGGCGAACCGGCUCUUUCCGAGGUCGAAACUCACCGAUAAAUCCGAACCCACCGGACAAACCGUCCUUCUCGGUGUGGAAGCGACGUCCCUCCUGGCCCGAAGUCGAAAUCAAAUCCUCGUCCGGCCACCGGCACCGACUGACUCCUGCGCCUCUGAUCAAAGUCCAAGGAGAUCCGGACUCAACGACGACGGCGACGACGAAUUCGACCGCUGCAUCGGGAGAGGAAAAAGACAAAGGCGUCACCGAGAUCGUGUAUCGGUUUGACAAAAUGAACCCACCCUACAACAGUAGUGCCAAUAACAAUAGUGUCCAAGAGAACGACGGAUCGUACUUCGAAAGUUUCACUGCCCUAUCGUGGAAGAACGAGAACCGCCGGAUGUCCGCCGUGAGGGCAGUGGAAACGCGGGCGGAAAUUUUGCCGGAAAACGACGUCGACCGGCUGCUGGAGGACGACAUCGAGCGCUCGGAACAGAAGGAGCAUCUCUAUCUGGACGUGCUGUACGCGAUUGCCAACACCGUGGGGGCUCCGGCACCCGGUGGACAGUAUAGCGAAAAGAAGUGGCUCAAAUUCGCCCACUACAAGGAGGAAAUGUACCUGCAAGCUCAGCGAGUGUUCAACGUUUCGGCCGAUCGGCACUACCGGUUGCUUCAUGCGGCCAACGAGGAAAAACCCAAAAUCAUCGUCCUCACCGUGGUGGUCCAGGAAGCGGAAGGACUCGAAGCCAAGGAUGCUAACGGUUUCAGCGACCCGUACUGUAUGCUGGGAAUACAGCCAUCCGGAACGCCGCCUCCUCCCUCGCCGCAGCCACCGAUGACACCGCGGGCUCUCUCCGACACCGGCAUGGAUAGCCUCGAUUCGCCGGAACACGGAAAACUACGGAAACAUCAUAGCUUUCGGUUGAGCUUCAAACGCAAAGAUGGCCGACAGCAGCGGGACUCGGUUGGGCCCGUUCCGGCAAAAUUCAUCCGGGCCACCUCGGUCAAACCGCACACCCUGUGCCCCAAAUGGAACGAAAAGUUCAAAUUUGACAUCGACGAUAUCCACUCCGACAUCCUGCAUCUGGACAUCUGGGACCACGACGACGAGAGCAGCGUGCUAGACGCCGUCUCGCGACUGAACGAGGUACGGGGCGUUAGAGGAUUAGGUAGAUUUUUCAAACAGGUGUGCCAAUCGGCACGUCAAGGUUCGCAGGACGACUUCUUGGGUUGUAUCAAUAUUCCCGUCUGUGAUAUUCCAUCAACCGGUUUAGAGGGUUGGUUCAAGCUGGAGGCUCGAAGUGUGCGCAGCUCGGUGCAGGGUCGAAUACGUUUGAAGCUGUGGCUUUCGACGCGGGAGGACCGCGGCAACAGCGAGGAGGACAACACACUGGAGGUGAAGAAGUUCGAACGUUUGCAGACCAUUUUCAUGAUCCACGAGCUGAACGGCCACGAACCGGCCUGGAAGUGGAACGGAGAGCUGGCUGGUCCAUCUCUGACCAUCCUACACCAGAUAGCGGUCCAAAGCGAUCUGUCUGAUCUGCAGAUAUCAUUAGCAAAACUAGUAGCAAUCAUUCGGAUAAACCGUAAAAAACCUUUGGACACAAAAUUCAUCCAUCGGCAGUUGAUCGAGGUCGAUAAGCUGUGGAUCAACAACUACAGCAACGAACCGCUCACCAGAGAACUGGAACAAUGGCUAGCGGAUGCUCUCAAUGGUUUCGUCGAGCGAUCGCUGUGUCACAUGCGUCGACAUCGGGAGGUGUUUCCCGCGCUGCAUCCGCCCUCCUUGGUUCGGUUAGAGUUCCUACUGCGCUGCCUGGGGCUACUCGGGUCAAUGCGAGCGUUCCGCCAGGUUAGUCCCUUCAGCAAAGGCGUUCGAGGGGAGAUCGUCGCAGCCCUCCGGAAGGGAUCGAUCACCUGGUCCCAGGCUCAACUUCGUGAAUCACAUCGAGUACCGAAUCCCCUGGUUCACUAUACGACCAUUUUGAUAGCGGACCUUCAGCUCGGUGUAACGUACUAUCAUUCUCUAUUUGAUUCAACCAAUGGCAUUCAGUAUUUCAGUAUCGUCUACAAACAAUUUGAUGCAUUGCUUGCGGAGGAAGUAACGAAUCGCAUUGAAUCUGGACAGCUGCCUGGAACCAUCGUCAAUCACUGGACAAUCUUAGACAAUGAUCGUGAGCCAGAUAUCGGACCAUUUGAAAUUUAUUUCGCCCUUCAGGAGUUUUACAACAUGAAGUCGCAUCUUUCCGUUACGCCACAGCCCCCGGAAAAGCCCCUGGGAUUGCAAAACUUUCACGAAUGGUUUGAACCGGCCAUUCAGCGUUGGAUCUCGGUUAGCAAAACGAAGGCCAUCCAGAGGAUCAAGGCUGCUGUCAACGCAGAUCAGGUUUGUGAGGGUGAACGGAUCGUGAAGCACAGCACCUCAUCUAUCGAUACGGCCUCCUGCUUCUACCAGAUACGAGAAUUCUGGAAGAACUUGGCGUGGCCUGAUCACGGUUCAGGAGCACAUUACGAAGCACUUAUAAUUGACCUUGUUUGCACCACGGCGAAUGUCUAUUCGGACCUAAUCCACCAGAACCUUUCCGAUAGUGGACACUACGACAACAAAUCGGGACCACAACAACGUACGACUGAUGAUAUGUGUGUGAUAGUGAACAACCUAGAAUACGUUAGAAGGGCGCUUGCCGAGUAUCAUCCUGAAUCCCAUCGACUGACUGAGAACGCAGAGAAUCUGCUAGAAAACACGAUUGCUCAACUGGAAAACAAAGCUGAUCGCGUGCUUGGUAAGCUCACUGCCUCAAUGCAGGGUCCCCUGCAAAAGGCAGUGUUCCAUCUUGCAUGGUCACCCGAUUCACUUCCGGCAAACCAAGCUGUUAUGCCACUCCUCGAAUACCUGGAUUCGCAUCUAGCUACGUUGAACGUAACACUCCUGUCUCAAAACUUCUACCGCGCCAUGAGCCUCAUUUGGAACAACGUUCUGACAGAGUUCUCUAAGCAGGUCGAUGCAGGAGGUGAAGGCGAUAAACCAAGUAAUUUCCACGAUCGUAUGUACGGGGCUCUUCAACUGCUCGGUGAAUUCUUCCAUGCCGAAGGACUCGGCCUACCGCCAGAAAUACUCCACAGCGACAUUUACUGGCGAGUUGCUCAACGACUACAGUAUCACAAAACCGAUACAGAUCAGCUGAUCGAUCUGUUCUACCUGCAACGACUCCAGGAACAGCUCAAUACAAUUGGACAAACCCAACUGGGGGUGCUCUCAGUCAAAGCGUACUUCAAUCACGACUCCCUGUGUGUAGAAGUUCUCCACGCCAAGAACGUCAUACCGCUAGAUCCUAAUGGUUUCAGCGAUCCCUUUGUAAUUAUCGAACUGCUACCGCGGCGAGUAUUCUCGCAUUGCUCAGAACAGCAAACCAAUGUUCAUAAGAAAACGCUCAACCCAGUAUUCGACGAGUGCUUCGAGUUUUCGGUGACGCAGGAACAGUGUCAGGCGGAGGCGGCGAUGAUCGUGUUCACCGUGAUGGACCAUGACGUGCUGACGGCGAAUGAUUUCGCGGGCGAGGCGUUCCUGGCGCUGACAAACAUCCCCGGGGUGGCCAACCACUUCGGCAUGAACAUCGAAAACUUCGACUGCGUCACCCAGAUCGAUCUGCCUCUGCUGGAGAUGAAGGAUAAAACUCAUCCAAUCUUGCAAAUCCUGGAAGGACGUGUCAACGACAAAAAUGCUAUGGAAUUUGUGCGGAAGCAGAAAGCCCGUGUUGUCGAUUAAGGGGAUUUCUGUACGCUAACACAAAAUUCAAUAAAUUGCAACAUCUUGAAAAACGCGGCACAAAAUAACCAACAUUGUAACUUACAUAUUGAUCUCUUAUCGCCAAAUUAAUCGUUCGAGCCCCAUACAAGAGAAGAAAAGUAAAUCGUACCUAUCCCAUAUUUUUUCGCUAUCACAAAAGGGAAAAUAAAACUGAACAAUGCUAAUGCAACUUUGUACGAAACUUUUUGUUUGAAACGACUUUUCACACGAGUAAAAUGCCUUCAGAUCACUAUAAAAUAGAGCCGGCACACACACCGCUGUAAAUUCUAUUCAUGUUUAGCAUAUUGGAAAGUGGCACUGCUCCAUUCAAGGAAGUGAAAACCACAAACACAUUAGACGAAAAAAAAACUAGCAUAACUCGAAACUGUAAGCAUUCCAAGCCUAAGAACAAUUUUGCCAAUUUUGUGAUUUUACUGAGCGCUAUUCAACAACAACCACACACAAACACAAACAGAAACAAAGAAAAACAAACAAAUCUAGAGAGAAUGAUCUUGAGCAACACUCGAACUAAAACUAUCAUCUGGGUUUUAUAAAGAGCAUAUUUUUAUACGACACUAUGGUUCAAAGUUGUGAACUAUACCUAUACAAAUAUAUAGAGAGUAUUUUUAUGUUUAACUAUAUUCUAACUGUUGUUAACUAUUCCAAAUCUUGUACAUUCGAAUAUUUGUAUAAAAAAAAAAAAACAAACGAAACUUUAGAGAUGCUAUACAUAUAAGUUUAUACAACACAAAUACUAUUGACAAAUGGAAGUGAUAGUCUCUCUUUGAACGGAAAGAAAAACUUAUUAUAACCGAAAAAAAAUCUGUACACAAUCUUAAGUAAAGUCGCUUUAACAAAAAAAAGCCAAAAAAGGUCGAAAGUUUGGGUUAGAAAAAAAAAAGAUGCCAAACUCAAACUUUUGCGCAAACACAAAAACGAAUCAAGGCAAUGACAACCAAUUAACUUUUAAGCUGUAAAUUUUCUCGAACAAAACUGCAGAAAUUUUCUUAUGAAUGAAUACCAAACUUAAACAAACGCAAAAUCGCAGGAAACGUGUCCCCUGCCCUGAUGGCCUCCCCUCCCCCCCCUGGUCUGUGUGCGUGAGGGAGGGGCGCGUUUCCGCCUGUAUAAUAAAGGAUUUGUUUAACAUGGAAUGACACGACACAUACUCUUACGCUGAGACACACUCGCUUUCAUAUACACAUGCAUAGAGACAGACAGACUAACGUACACAUACAUGUAAACACAGCCUAUCGUCAACUUGUAGUCUUAACAUCAAUGAACAAACUGUAAAGUGUAUAUCUCUACCUAUCACUUCAUAUCAAUUUAUUAGCUUUUUUUUCUAAAACAAAACUCCUAUGAAUUUUGGAUUUAAAAAAAACCCUAAGAUGGGUAAGAUGGGUUGAAAUUGCAACUUUUCAUUCUUCUGCAGUCUAAAAAAUUUCCUUUUUGAUUAAAACGAACCACAGAAUUUUUCUAGAUUUUUUAAAUGAGAUUAAGGUAAUCGGUAUUUUUUAAUUAAUUUUUUUAAUAUCAUUGGAUCCUUGGCUUCAGCCUUUAAUCUCGGCUAGUCUUAACAAAAUACUCUGAGCGAAACACACACUAUUUAAUGUUUUUCCUCUAAAACCCAUUUUUCCGCUUAAUAAUUUACGAAAGUUUAUUUUUAUGAUUACUUACCACUUCAGUUUGACGAAAAACUUUAUCGUUCAGGAAACAUUUUUUACAUUUUUUUUAACAAAAAUUCCAUAACCACGUAGGGUAAAUAUCUUAAUUUCAGUAUUUUCACGGUUGCAAAUAUUGAACAUAUUUGUCGAUUUGUUGUCGUUUUUCCAAACCCUGCUUUUAAACGGGGUUAAAAAAAAUUUCUACCUUACUUUUAGACCUAACUUUCAAUAGCUAUUCUAAAUCGAAAAACACAUGGAACAUGAUUUAUAUUAUAUUUUUUUUGAAAAUUGGGUCCGUUGCCAGUUUUCUCAUGUUUAAAAGCUUGAGGGUAGAUUUACAUAGCUUUUGAUCACUGGAAUGAUAUGGAAUGUUGGAUUAACAUAAUUGGAAACAUUUUGCGCAAAAAGUUAGUUGAAAUAAUGAUUAGAUUUUUAGAUAGUUGAUAUAAUUCAAUUUUCAUUUCUUUUUUCAUAAAGUGACAAAUCAAAAACAGACAUGUAUAACAAAGAGAGGCAAAAGUAAUUUUUUCAAUCAUUUGUCUGUUGAAGUAUAUCAUUGCCUGUUAAACAUGAUUUAAAUAGUAAAUUUAAAAACUUUGAAAUGAUGGGUUUUCUUUUUUUCGCGAUAACCUUUAAAUAUUUAAAGUUUUCAUUUUUAAUUAAUUGAUACACUUUUAAUUGCAAGUCCCGAUUUUGACAAAAAGCAUCUCAAGGUAUUUUCAAUAUUCAUUCAAUUUCACAUUUAAAAUAUUGUAACAAAACUUUCAUUUAAGAUUGAAAAGGAAUACAUGAAAUUGAAAAAAAUUAUAGAAUUUUGUUUUUAGUAUGGGAGAGUGGAGAAUCAUGGGCCACUUUUUUUCGUUGUUCCAUAACUUCUUUCUUAUAAAAGAUAAAAUGAAAAUAAAAAAUGGUAUUGUUUUCUACAUUUUCAAGGUAUUAUAACCUAUUUUUUUUUAUAAGUUAUUUUCCCCAAAUUCUGACUGUUUGAAAAAAAAGCAAUAUUUUUUGGAUUUUGAAAAAUGGUGGGGAAUCGUGGGCCACAAAAUCUAAAUUGAUCAAAUAACAUGCAAAGUUUAUGAGUUGACCCAAAACUGUGAUUUCAUAAUUCAUUUCGUUAUUUUAAAGCUAUUUCGGAUGAUGAAAUAAAAAAGAGAGCUGUGUAUGAUCGCAUAGAUUCCAAAACCUGGCUCGCGAACGUUUUGGCAAAAUUUCUUAUAUAAGAUGGACGAAAUAUUUUUUAUAACUCUUCAUUUGGCAUAAGAAAACUUUACAGAUAGGAAAAACGUAUUUUAAGUUCUGAAUGUGUAUAAAAACAUAAAAAUAAAGGUGAUUCAAGAUGUGUGGCCCACGAUUCCCCCCAAGUAUGAUUUGCAAAUUGGUUGCGUUUGUGUGACUUAUUGAUGUUUCAUCAAAAAUUCCUUUUCCACAUGAAACAUCAUGAAAAAACUAAGAUCAUAAGCGUAUGAGCAUAUUUUUGUUUUUUAAACUAUGUAAGUAAAUUUUUCUAACUUUUUUUAGCUUGAUAAAUAAAAGAAGCAUAUGAUACGUAUUUCAGUCAAUAACAUAUAGGAAUAUAUGCUCACGCAAAGCGACGACGAUGACAGUUGGUUUGAGAUUUUUAUCUCAACACACAUCUGACAUAUUAAAAGUGGCCCACGUUUCCCCAUGGCCCACGAUACCCCACUCUCCCUUAUCAUAUUCUAGAUUUUGUAUUCAUAAUCAGGCAUCAUUGAAAAAUUAGUUAUGAAACUCAAAAAUGGAUUAAACAUAUCAUGAAAUUCAUAUACACAUGUGUUAGUUUUAAAUUCAAAAAUCACAUUUUAAAUUUUGAUUCCGCACUCGGCUGGGUUUCAAGUAUCACACCAAUCAUAUCCUCAGUAUUGUGUCCAACAACUCUACAUUUAAGAACAAUAUUAACUACACAAAAUGACAGCAUUUCUAUGCAUGCGUUUUAAUAACUGAUUUUGAAAGAUUUUGGUUUUAUGAGUUCGAAUAUUUCGUCAGAUUUUUUCUAUCAUCAUUACGUUUAGUUCUAUGUAUGGAUCGUGAAAAUUUCUAAAAUUUACCUAUUUUUACUGGAAUUCGCCAUAAUUUGACGAUAAACUACAUGCAAACCGAUUUUCAACCUUUUAAUUAUCUUUUUUUUAAGAAGGAUCCAGAUUUCGCCAAGAUAUUCUAGUUUGAGAGAUGCAAUACUUUAGAAAAAAAUGUAAUUUAAUUUUUAGGAAAUUUAAUUGAAAAAAAAUACAACUAUUUCUGACAUCACUAAAGGGCGUUCUAAGUUUUUGAUAUCAAAGAUUUGAAUUUAUUUAACAACUUUGUUGAAAACUGCAAAACGUUUAGCUAUCACAACUGUCAAAGCUAAAUACAUUUUGGUUUUUAGUUUGUCAAAUUUCUGGAUUUUCAAAUCAAAAAUAAAACUUAUGUAACAAUUUCUUAAUAGUCACAACACAACUCCUCUCUGUCAUCGAGAAAGUUGAUCAUUGAUUCAAAACCUUGAUUUUCAAUAUCUUUGCAAUAUGAUAUAGUUUUUUUUCAAAAAAGUGCAUAAAUUUACUAGACUGAUUUUAUAUAUUUUAAAAUGUUAGCCUUUAAUCUCAGAAUCGUGAUAUAAUGGAAUUAUAACCAUAUUUGGCUUCAGCACACCCGAAUAAGUCUAAAUCAGCUCUUAAAUUUUUUGCACUUCCAAAAAUUGUGAUUUUUUUUGCCUUCUGCUAUCAUUAGUUGAUGCUUCAUUAAAUGAUUUUUAAAUUGUUUCUUAUAAAUUGUUCCAAAAUGCUGGGAAUAAUAUGACAUUCAAAAAAUUUAAAACAAUUUUUCAUUUAAUUUAUACAUUCUUUAUUGCAGAUUGGUUACUAUUCAAAAUAAACGAUUUAAAUUUUAUUUCCUUCGUUUCAGAUAAAAUAAAGUUAGGACGAGAGCUUGAAACUCAAGAGCAAUUAAAUGAAAAUAAUGAAAGUAGAGCUCCAAAAUCUCAAGAGUUCAAAAUCAUAUUUGAUGUAUAUAAGAAUUAAGUUUGGUUUUAGAAAUAAAAUUCCUCCAUCAAAAUUCACAAUGAGAAAUGAAUUUCGGGAUAAACUAAAACAACAUGACUUCUAUUUCCGAAUUACUUUUUCAGAAAAAAAUAUAAAAGAAUUAUAUAAAAAUAUUAGAGUUUUCAAAUCAGUUUUUAAUUCAUAGCAAAUAUUAUCAAAAAUUUAUCUCAAAUAUUUGAUGUACGAACGUAUAAAUAGUUGCAAAGUGAGAAUCAUUCAAAUUUCGUUGUGUUAAACUCGCGCUGACAUGAAGAAGCUCAGGAAAAACUGAUAAUUUAAAAGUUUCUUAAAAUGUUCUUUUAUUCAACAAUAUGUGUUUUAUUUUAAUUUAUAAAAUGACAUUUAUAAAGAGACUCCUUAAUGAGCUCAUAAGUCGAUACGAAAAUCAUCUUUUUAUCAACAUUUUCUUGCCCCGAAAAUUAUUGAUUCGUAGAUUGAAGUUGUAUCAAAAGAUAUAAAAAUAUUUUUUUUUAAAUGCGUUUGAAAAGUUUUAAUUUAUUCUCUAAUUAUGAAAUUUUUUUUAAAAAAAAAAGGUACCCCUGAUUUCAGUCAAAGAGAUCAAAUUAAAGGAAAAGGGACAGCACCUCUCACUCUUUCUCAAUCCCCACCAACUUACCUUCACUAAUUAAUGCUGAGAACAAGGUUGCCGAAAUCACAGAAAAAUCUGUAAAUUCACAGAAUUUUGAGCAAAUGUUCAUCACAGAAUCUGUGUCACAGAACACAGAAUUUUGAAAAUUCACAGAUUUCACAGAACUUUGGAUUGCCAAAAUUGUAUUUUUUUGGCAAAUAUAAAAUUUAGAUUUCUUACUCUCAAUUAAAAAUGUAUGAUAAGAUUGGUAAUUUUAGUUGAUUUUACCCAACCUAAAUGUAAAAAUACCCAAUUAAUCAUGAAUUUUCAGUGAAAUUAAAAGGAAUAGCAUCACAGAAAACCAUCACAGAAUUUUUGGGUAAAAUCACAGAAAGUCCGAUUUUUUUUUCUCAAAAUCACAGAAUUUUUUUCGGCAACCUUGGCUGAUAAUAGCAAUUAAACUUUUUUUUAAGAAAAAAAAACCAUGUCUACGGCCUCCGACACCAUAUUAACCACGCGCUCGAUAACUUGGCUGUGGUUUAGUAUUUUCAAUGCUUUUAUUUUGCUUGCAAAUGUUUGAGAACUUAAUUGAGAACAUUUCAUCAGAACAUUUCAAGACUCUAAAAUCAAUGACUUUCUUGUUGAAAAGAUAUUUCUUAAAAUAAAAAUUAACGAAAAAUCUGGAAGCAUUGCUGGAUUCUGAUUGGAACGCUAUAAUUAUUUACUCGCUAUUCCAAUCGCUACGGCAAAGUUGUAGCUUGAAAAUUGUCUAGUAAACUACAUAUUUCGAACUUUAUGAAUCGCAAAAUAUUUGAAAAAAAUAAAAGAAAGUAACCACCCCAGAACAAAUGUUCGCGUUUUUCCAUACAAAACAUCAAAUCAAUAACCGCGUAACUUAAUCUCAUUUAAAAAAAAAUCUCCUCAAACUCUGUCGUUCGUUUUAAUCAAAUAGGAAACUUUUCAGACUACAGACUACAGACUGCAAAUCAACCCACCCUGAUGGGAGGAAAAGCUGAUUUUAAAUCUUGAUUUAAAUAGUUUUUUUAUAAUUUCUUUUAUUUUGAUCAAUGAAUGGUUACUCUUUAAUCAAAUUAAAAGAAAUAUUUUUUAUUAUUUCUAAAAAAAGUAACCUUUGGAGCCACUUUUCAACAGACUUGAGGCUUCCUCAGCCUAGCAAGACAACUUAGGCACUCUAGAUCAUAUGUUUAAAAAGCCACCGUAAUGCCGCAGGAUGAUUAUUCCGUAAGAUCGUUUGAUCGUAAGAUCGGUUGACCUUCAGAUCAUAACGUUAUAGGAACAUAAGAUCGAAGACUUUUAUUGGGUCGUAGGUCAGUAGAGUUGUCAGGUGGUAAAGUCAUAAAGUCACUGAGUCUCGAGAACAUUAGGUCAUAAGGCGUAUGAUAAUAAGCACGUGUGAUCAUGAAGCCGUAAGAUCGUAGGGUCAUAGGAUAGUGAGGUUGUUGGAUUCUUAGGUCAAAUGACCGUCAGGCUUAGGAUCGUAAGACUGUAGUUAAAUCGUAUGACUAUAAGAUCAUAAGGCCGUAGGACCUGUAGGCCAUAAGAUGGUGAAGCGAUCCCAAGAUCUUAGCAUUCUAAGGAUCUUGGGAUCGAAAGACCAUAAGCUCAUGAGACCGAUGGGCCGUAGUCCGAAUGAUCAAAAGAUUACAGGCUCCUAUGGCCAUAGAGUCGUGCGUGUAAGGCAAGGUUGCCGAAAUCACAGAACAUUAAAGAAUUUUGAGCAAAUUUUCAUCACAGAAUCUGUGCCACAGAACACAGAGUUUUGGAAAUAUUAACAUAUUUCACAGUUUAUUCAAAUUCUGUACGGAUUUCCAAAAUUUUAAUUUUUGAUGUCAAUAUGAAUUUUGAAUAUCUACGUUAAGGUUGAAAAAAUAUGAUAAGAUAAGUAAGGUUAAUUGAUUUUACUCUAGUAAACUGUAAAAAAGAUACAAUUUUUCAUGAAUUUUCAAUGAAACAUAAGAGAAUAGCGUUGCAGAAAACCUCACAGAAUUUUUGAGUACUAUCACAGAAUGUCAGAUUUUUUUUUGGUAAAACACAGAAUUUUUUUCGGCAACCUUACCUCAGGAUCAUAAGGCCAGUGUCGAAUCCGCCAGUUUAAUCCUUUUUCUAAGCAGCUCACAACAUUUUGAUUCUAGCACAUCUGUAUUCUCCAAUGGCCGAAGAACAACUGACUCUCCUCUUUGAACGCUCUGAAAGUUCUGAGUAUACACGCUAAUACUCAAACCCCAAUCUUAAGUUUGUUGCCAACCAUUCUAAGUAGAGUAUGAUAUUUGUGAUUUUAUAACAGUAUGUUUUUCGACCUUAUUUCAUCUAUUCUCUACAGCCA